AUGGUAACAAUUAAUAAUGCACACUCAGAUUUAAUACACGAUGCAGUAUUAGAUUACUAUGGAAAGCGAUUAGCCACAUGCUCUUCGGAUAAAACUAUUAAAAUAUUUGAAGUUUCACAAGAUUCUCAAACUUUGGUUGAUACUUUGAUUGCUCAUGAAGGUCCGGUUUGGCAAGUUGAUUGGGCCCAUCCCAAAUUUGGUAUCAUAUUAGCCUCUUGUUCCUAUGAUGGUAAAAUUAUAAUUUGGAAAGAGGAUCCAAACACCAGUAAAUGGACUCAAAUUGAUACCUAUAAUGUCCAUUCCGCUAGUGUUAAUUCAAUUCAAUGGGCACCACACGAAUACGGGCCUUUACUUUUAGCAGCCUCUUCUGAUGGUAACGUCUCUGUUAUUGAGUUUAAAGAUAAUGGUACUACUGAACCAAUAAUUAUUAAUGCACACGCUAUUGGUGUCAAUACAGCCUCUUGGGCUCCAGUAGCUGCUUCUUUUGAUAAUGUUAGAAGAUUUGUUUCUGGUGGCGCUGAUAAUCUAGUUAAAAUCUGGAAAUAUGAUCAAGAUGCUCACACUUAUGUUUUAGAAGAAACUUUAGAGGGUCAUAGUGAUUGGGUAAGAGAUGUUUCUUGGUCGCCAAGCGUUUUAACACGUUCUUAUUUAGCAUCUGUAUCUCAAGAUCGUACAUGUAUCAUUUGGACUCAAGAGAAUGGCAAAAAAUGGAAUAAAACACUGUUGAAAAACGAAAAGUUUCCAGAUGUUUUAUGGAGAGCUAGCUGGUCCUUAAGUGGUAAUAUUUUAGCCGUAUCUGGUGGUGAUAAUAAAAUUACACUAUGGAAAGAAAACUUAGAAGGUAAAUGGGAACCAGCUGGUGAAGUCGAACAAUAA